AUGCUCUGGCUUCAAAUCGGCAUUGGCGCCACCGUCACUGCUCUAGGGACAACUAGGUUUCUGACCUUCCUGAAGAGUAGGAACCAGCCGAAUAGGGCGUUGCAAUUCAGAAAUGGCCUUCGAGGCGUGUACGAAGAUCUAUGGCAAGUCGAUGCGGAGAUGUUGAGCGGCAAGGACAUCAACGUGGAUGAGAAGGUGGAUGAUCUGUGGAAGAAGUACAAGGAAGUAACCGCCGAGGCGGAGGCAAACUAUCCUGAUCUGUGGGUCAGUCUCGGUAAGUUGAUCAAGCCCACGGACGCGGACAAGCAUCCGAGCACGCAGUUGAAGGACGUCUCGCCGGGAGAGGGGGAGAACGGUGAGCAGAAGAGCGGCCCGAGCCCGAGCGAGUCGCUCGUGUUGCCCAAGACAAGGCCGUGA